AUGGUGCAGUGCCUGGACGGGGUGAGGCAGCUGCUCGCGGUCCUGCUCAAGUGCUGCGACGUCGAGCUCAAGCAGCCGCGGGGGCUCGAGGACCCCCAGGUCCUCGCCAGGGAGACCGUCUUCAGCGUUAGCGAGGUCGAGGCGCUGUACGAGCUGUUCAAGAAUAUCAGCAGCGCCGUCAUCGAUGACGGGCUGAUUAACAAGGAGGAGUUUCAGUUGGCGCUAUUUAAGACCAGCAAGAAGGAGAGCCUGUUCGCGGAUCGUGUAUUUGAUUUGUUUGACACAAAGCACAAUGGAAUUUUAGGAUUUGAAGAAUUUGCUCGUGCUCUCUCAGUAUUUCAUCCUAAUGCUCCCCUUGAUGACAAAAUUGACUUUUCAUUCCGGCUGUAUGAUCUCAAGCAGCAAGGCUACAUUGAGAGACAAGAGGUUAAGCAGAUGGUUGUUGCGACACUUGCCGAGUCAGGGAUGAAUCUUUCAGAUGAAAUUGUAGAGAGUAUAAUUGACAAGACAUUUGAGGAGGCAGACACAAAGCAUGACGGAAGAAUUGACAAGGAAGAGUGGCGCAAUCUAGUCAUUCGGCAUCCAUCUCUGCUGAAGAACAUGACUCUUCAGUACCUCAAGGACAUCACCACUACAUUUCCAAGCUUUGUCUUCCACUCUCAAGUCGAUGAUAACUGA